AAAAAGAACCAGAAAAACGCAGAGCCUAGGCCCCGCCUCUCCCCUCUCUCCUCCCCCAUACCACACCAUACCAUACCAUACCAUACCAUACAUACAGCGCGCCCCCAUAUUAUUUCCAUUCUUAUUAUUAUUCCAAUGCACUCCAACAGCCAAGAAGACAAGAACCGCCCCAAUGACGCAACGCAAUAGCUCCUCUCGCCGUCUUGGCCAGCCCCCGUUCUUUAUUUUAUUAAAUGUUCUUUAUUAUUCAACAUUCAACACAUUGACAAUUUCCAUUUCCAUUUUCAUUUUCAUUUACCCUCGAACCCCCGACCAAAACCGAACAAACUUUGUGCUACUUGCUAGUUAACUUACUUGCUUGCUUGCUUGGAAGCUGGAGGUUUCCAUCGAGUUCGGGGGAAGAAGUCGGAAUUAUGCUUUUUUGUUGCCAACACUACGGAGUAACUCCGUAGUAACUAGUUAACUAUGCGUAGUAGCUAGGUAGUAGUAAACUAACCUAACGGGCCGUAGUUUAAAUCUUUAUUUUAUUCAUUAUUAUUAACUAUUAUAGUUAGUUAACCUAUUAGCCACGCGUUCACACCGACUUUCCAUCAUCAUCAUUAUUUAAUAUUUAAACGUUGU